AUGGACACCCAAGUGAGAAGAUCCUCCUACUCCGAGGCAAAUCGCUCACUCGAUGUCUUCCCGGAGAUUUUCGGAGAUCCGAUGUUCAAAAAGAGCUCAACAAAAGUUAAAGAAACGUCUAAAAACGCUAAUCUGUUCGCCGAGGACGGCUGCUAUUUGUUGGACCGAGUGUCGGGGAUUCCGGCUGAAAAGCAAUUCUACGAGUUUCAACAAGUGCUCAAAUGGAUGGGUCUUCUCUUCGAAGCGAGCUCAACUCAAAUCACUCGAACUUUUCAAUAUUCAUGGUUGACGUUCCUUCUAUUUAUAAGUUUUUACACGGUUGUUCAUGACUUCUAUUUUCUGGCCACCGAUUUCCACUCGAAUUUCGCUCCAAGCACUCUUGUUGUUGCCGCCAUCACUUUUCAGGGAUCGAUUUCUACGCUUUUCUCUCUUCACUGGCAGAAGAAUUUACACUUUCAAGCAUUCUUUCACACUUGGCGACAUUCACGAAUUCCAGACAUCGAAAGUUUUGAAAAGUAUGAGAAUCGCGUGUUUUCGGGAAAUAGGCGACAGUUUUGGGGAUUUCAGGUAUACGCCCUACUCUCAGCUUUGGUCUUCAUCUUUGCGAUUUGGAGUGGGCUCCUGAAGAAACUCGUUCAUCCAUCGUUUAUCACCGUCUUCUACUGCUCCGAGCUUUGCUACGUUCGGCCGUUCUUUUUCGUUCUCCACCUGUCGAUAGUUACAAAUAACCUUGAAACCUAUUUAUGUCUAACGAAUGCGAUACAUUGUGAGCUGAAAAAGUUCAACUACAAAAUUGUGCAGCUUAAAGAAGUCUCAAGGCAGUCGCUAAAAGAUGAGCUACAGAAUCUAAUUUAUCAACACACAAAGAUCACGUGCAGUAUCCGGUUGAUGGACGACUUGUACAAGGUGUACGCAUUUAUGGUCACAGCUUGUGUCAUUCCACUGACCAUUUUCGUCUUAACCCUUGUGCUCACGAGGUCAUCGUUAAUGGAGUUGAUGGUCAGCUUACCAACAGUUGGCUUUUGUACGUUUGAACUCUACGCAAUCAUGUAUCCAUCGAGGCUAUCAGAGGAGUUCAGUAAAUCGAAGUCCCUCCUCUGUAUGUGCCACAAUGUUUGGAUACCGUACGAGGAAAAUGUGAACAAAAUUGCUCAAACUCUGGCCAUUCAUCUCGAUCAACCGGAUCUUGGCGUUUCCCUUUGGGGAUUCACUCUUGUCACAAAGCCGCUCAUUUUGACGACGGUUUCUGCCAUGAUGACUUGUCUCGCUUUCCUUCUCGACUUGAGGCCAAAAGAAGAGAAUGCAAACGCUUGCCGUUGCCCCUCAAACAGCACGAACGAUACUCAGACUUUG